CACCCCUACAGUUGUGUUUGCCUCUUGAGAUCGUCGUCUUCGUCGUCGCCUUCAAUCUCCCUUCUUCCUCUUUGUCGUUAAAUUGUUGUUUAUGUAUUUACAAGGCUUCUUUUGUUAACUGCCGCUCUUUCUACUGUAUAUUCUUCUGCAUUCUACAUGGCGUCUUGAGGUAUUACUUUGUUUGUCCUUCUGUGCGACGAUCCCUGGACCCUGGCUUGACCUUCUUUGACCGCGGUUCCUAGCUGGGCAUACACUGUUGGCCACACAUACACAACGCAACCCCAUUAUGUCGUCAGGAUUGAGUAAACGGCAGCAGGCGCGCAAUGAGCGUACACUGCAGAACCUCGUCAAGAGCGUUCCGGGCAAUUCGACAUGCGCCGACUGCGGAGCGAGAAACCCAGGCUGGGCGAGUUGGAGUUUGGGCAUUUUUCUGUGUGUGCGAUGCGCCGCCGUACACCGCGGGUUGGGCACCCAUAUUUCGAAGGUCAAGUCGCUAAGCAUGGAUUCGUGGUCUAAUGAGCAAGUCGAGAAUAUGAAGCAGAGGGGAAAUACGAUGUCGAACCUGAUUUAUAAUCCGAAGAACACGAGGCCACCGCUUCCAGUUGAUGCGGACGAGGUCGACUCGGCGGUGGAACGAUUCAUCCGAAACAAAUACAAGAAUAGCGCACCAGCUACGAACUACGACGAUAGUCGCGACUAUGAGACAUCCACGGCAUACCGGGAACCUGAGUCAAACCGCCGGGAACCCGAGCCGGUCCGCCGCGAGACUACCUCGAACAGCCACCGGAGGACUGGCAGCACAGAUUCCGACGACGAGCACCCCCUCCCGGCGCCCCCUCAGAAGUCGAGAUUUGGAUUUAGGUCGGCAUCAUCCAUUUUUCCCAUGUCAUCGAAGGCGAAGAGGGAGGCUGCCGCAAGAGUAUAUCUAGAGAACCAAAGCCGGAACGACAAUGCUAGGUGGGACGAUGAUGAGGGUCCUCCGCCACCAAGGAAAGGGAAGCCCGCACGCAUAUUCGGGAGUUCCAAUGCAUCCGAUCGAUCUGUGGAAGAGUGGGAAAAGAAACUGAGCCAACUUCGUGAGAUGGGCUUCAAGAACGACAAGCGGAAUUCCACGGUUUUGAAGGGAUUCAAUGGCAAUAUGGACAAAACGCUCGAAACAUUAGUACGGCUUGGAGAACGUGAGGCACCAUCAAGAUCGAGGACACCUUCGACUGCACCAUUGAGCGCGGGACUCCUUAUAAAUCCCUCGAAAGACUCUCCAGCUUCUCCAACUCCAUCAAAGAACCCAUGGGAUAUGCCAUCCGCGCCACCACAGUCUUCGCAAUCCACAGGUGCUCUUUCUCUCCAGGAACAGCAAAGCAAGAAUAAUCCGCAGCAAGCUUCCCUCAAUCCAUUUGGGUUUGCAACUUCCAAGUCGCAGUAUAAUCUGAACCAGCAGUACACCAAUGUCGAACAGCCAUUCCAAAACAUGUCAAUCUCUCCAAACCAGCCACUGUUUCCGCACCACACAGGUGGGACUGCUCAGAGACAGCCGUUCAUGGCUGCUGCUGCUCCAUCCAUGCCGUCUAUCCCUCAAGGCCAAUACGCCCCUUCGCCCUAUGGCGCGCAACUGCAGACCCAAUAUUCACCUACCACGAGCCCAGGGCAUAAUCCUUUCCUACAACAGCAGCCGACUAGGCAGACUCAAAGUUUGAAUGUGACGCCGCUUACUGCGACUGCCCCAAACCCAUUCCAUACCCUAACACGCAACCAAACGUUUCCGAUGCAGCAGGGUAGCCAGGCGCAGCCCCAAAUGUCGAUGCAAGACUACUUUAAUUCGGGUCAGCAACAGCAGCAACCACAGCUUAAUCCAUACAGCCAACAGCAAACGCCACAGCAGCCGAAUCCGUUUAACCAGAUGCAGCAGCCUCAGCAGCAGCAACAGCUUCAACGGCUCAAUCCUUAUAACCAGCCUCAGCUAAUGCAGCAGCAGCUGAACCCUUACAACAACUUCCAGCAACAGCCGCAGCAGCUGCUUCCUCAACAAACGGGGCGAGCUGAUAAAACGAGCAUUAUGGCGCUAUAUGGCAGCAACCCACAAUCACCACCACUCCCCUCGCCACAGCCACAACAACAGCCACAGUUUGCGAACCAGCCACAACAACUAACCCAAAACCCAUACCAACCCCAGCUCGUGAAUACCAACCAACAAUUCGGCAACCCCACUCAACAACAACCCGGCCUAUCUAGCCCCCUCUCCUCUAGCGUUAGCUUUGGUGGCUCCAAAAACCCCUUCAUGCACGGCUCCUCCACCAACCCCUCGCCCUUUGCCCAGCCCAACCAAGCCGCUGGGGGCGCACCGCAUGGCGGACUCUUAGCCGCCAGCGGCGUCGGUGGGAUCGGGAGCGCGAAUGGUGGGAACCCGUCGAGACAUGUCAGCCAGGAGAGCAUGAGCGUUGAUCCAAAUGGAUGGCACGCGCACAGUGGGCGCCACAGCCCGGAUGCGUUUGCCAGUUUGAGUUCGAGGGCUGUGCGGUGAGGGGUGAACGAUGAAUAAGGGAUAAAGAAAUGGUAUAUGGCAUGGAUUAGUCUGUCCAUAUAGCUAGAAAUUAUAACGUGUCAUGCAGUUACAUGGAUAGAAAUUCAGGAUCAACGUUCGAAGUUGGGUGCAGAAGAUAGUUAAGCCAAGACGAGAGGGCAGGGAGUUGGCAAAGGAGAAUUAAUGGAUGAUGAGGGCAUAUACUGCUCUAUAACCUCGAGAACAAUACCAAUAGGCU